AUGGUUAGAAGAUGCCCCAAAAAGGGUAAUAGCAGACAGCAUAGAAUCGAUGCCAUAGCUGUGACCCAAGAAAGUUCGGGAAAAGAGGAACCCCAAGCAUUAAUAGCAGUUGACUCCACUGAGGCCCUUACUUUCUCAAUAAAACUACAUUCCCCAAAUGGAGCUGAUUUAUUAACCACAGCUCUAAUUGACUCAGGAGCAUCGUCUUGUUUCCUAAAUACCACCCUGGCUCAAGAACAUUCUAUAUCCACAAUUAAAAAGCCUACACCUCUUUCAGUAAAAGUCAUUGAUGGAAGGGAAGUUGAGUUCGGGGCAGUAACUCACGAAACAGAACCUCUACAACUCUG